GGGCCGCACCUGCUCCGGCGCCUCUCGCCGCUGCGGCUCUCCUCGGCUUCGCGUUGCCGACGUCGCCUCCGUCGCCACCAUGGGGAAAAUGGUGUCCAAGAUGCUCUCCUCGCUCCUCGGCAACAAAGAGUACCGCGUGCUCAUCCUCGGCCUCGAUAAUGCAGGGAAGACGACGAUCCUGUACAAGCUGCAGAUGGGGGAGGUUGUGACGACGGUGCCGACGAUCGGCUUCAACGUGGAGACGGUGACCUACCAGAACCUGCGCUUCCAGGUCUGGGACCUCGGGGGCCAGACGUCGAUCCGGCCCUACUGGCGCUGCUACUACCAAAACACGAAUGCGAUCAUCUAUGUGGUCGACAGCGCCGACGCGGAGCGGAUGGGGAUCUCAAAGCAGGAGCUGGUGACGAUGCUGGAGGAGGAGGAGCUCAAGGACGCGGCGCUGCUGGCGCGGAACCCCAGCCCCCCCCCCCCCCCCCCUCUGCAGUGGCAAAUCUUUAAGACGUCUGCCAUCAAGGGGGACGGGCUGCACGACGGGCUCGACUGGCUAGCGAACGCGAUCAAGGAGGGGUAGCCCUCGCCCCCCCCCCCCCUGCUGCUGCUGCCGCCGCCGCCGCCCGUCGCGCCGCGCCGCCGCCCGCCGUCACGGCGCGAGAGCACCUCUGUCGCCGCCCGCCGCCCCCACACCCCACGGUGCGCGGGCGGGCCCGCUGGCCUCAUACGUUUCGUAGGGAGAGGGGACGCGCGAGGGGAGGGAGAGGAGAUGAAGCGAGGACCGCAGCCACGGCGCUGCCUGGGCUCAGGGCUGGGGAUUGGGCGGGGCUUCAAACAAAUAGCACGCGAGACAGAGAGAGAGAGAGAGAGAGGUGUCUGUCGAGAGGCGAGAAGAGCCCAACUGUGAGAGAUUGGAAUGAACAUGUAUCAUCCGAACGUUCGCGGCGUGCACGUCGCAAUUUCUUG